AUGGUGUAUACGUUCUGUAUACGGCCGUACCGUAUCCGUAUAGGUUUUCGGGUUCAGAAAUACGGCACCGUAUUAUACGAGCCGUAUCCGUAUAAGGGUCGUAUUAUACGGCCCGUAUCCGUAUACGUUCCUGAUACAUUCUGGCCAGAUCGAUGGCUGCAGCCCAAUACUAUCAAACGCAUUGCUCAUUCGGGUCGCAGACGAAUUUUGGCCGACCCGCAAUUGUAG